AGCGCGAGCGCGGGGUUGCGCGCCGGGGCUCGCCCGUGCGCGCGGGGCCAUGGCCCUGAGCAGGAGGGAAGUGUUCGUACAGAAAGUACUGAAAAGACUCUAUCCUGAAACUUCAUCAUCUUCUCAUGUUCAUACUUGGAGUGGAGAAGAGGAGGCAUCUCUCAGAAAUUUAGGCUCAAAAUCCCAAGAAAAGAAUUUGGAUAGUGUUCAGACUUCAUCAGCAGAUGCUAGUACAUCAACUGAUACACCCUGCGAGUCAUUUCAAGGUACUGACAAUACAGUUCUGUCUCCAAGGAAAGUGUACACAGUGAAUCUUCCUCCAGAAGGUUACGUUGCAGUUAUUCCAGAUGCUGUUAACACUGCAGUUUCUGAAAACUUAGACAGUAGUGCUGGCUCAACAGAGGAGGAAUAUCAAGGACAAACCAAGAGAAAGCGCAUUCGAAGGAAGAAACAAAACAAUAGUUUGCAAAACUCUAAUAAUUUACAUGGGGAACAAACAGAAUCUGGUAUGCAAAAGACUCUUGUUCAAGGUGAUUUACAGCUGCAGCAGAUAGACAGUCCUAAAAUAAGCAAAAACAAGAAGAGGAAAAUGAAAAAGAAGCGACGGAAAGAAAAAAUGAGGGCAGCUGGCUUAGUAACAAAAACUACCAGUGUGGAUUUUACGUAUCAGCCUGACAAAAGCAACAGAGAAGAAGCGGCAGACUUAAAAGACAUAGAUGAAAAAUCAAAUAGCAUUUUGGACUUCCUGCAGGCAACACAACAAAUUUAUUUUACUGACAAUAAAUCAGAAUGCACGGAUUCUGCUGUAAAUUCAGCAGCUGCCCAAGAGCUUUUACGAUAUAUUGAAUUGCGCACCAUCUCUUCCUCAGAUUUGACUCUUCUACAUCAACUGAAAUCCCUUGUAUUAGUACAGGAUAUCGAGAGAUUGAAGGAUGCUUUGAAACAAUUCCAAGAACAAUCCAUGAUGCCUCCUGAUCAUACCAAGAUAGUCACGUCACUGUUUCACUACUGGAUUACAGAUAUCCUUCCUGUGAAGGACAGGAAAUAAAGCCUCACUUGUGUCCGUUCGCGCAGGGUUAAAAUUUAAUACACAAACUCUUAAUCAAGUAGCAAUUGUUCAGGAUGAGCAUUGUCAAUAUGCAUUCUACACCUUCAGGUAAAUGAAAUAUUGUUCUGUGUUACAAACUCCAGCAGACAACAAGAAAGUAUAACUACAUGAGAUUUUUGUGUUUGGUUCGUCAAGAAUAUGUAUAUGCUGUGGGCCUCAGUCUUCAGCUGGAUUACUAUGUACAUUUCACUUUAGGAUAAGAGACUUACCUGGAGUGAUAAAGUCUGUAUCAAGUAUUCUGUUUGAGAAGUAUAAUUUGUUGUUGUUGUUGUUUAUAAAUUGAUAGUUCCUUUCUGGAAGUUUAAUUUCUUGACGUUUCUUGUUUAUCUGAUACAUCUGUUCACCUAAAAACCAUAAAUAUAUUUUUAUAUUUAAAUCUAA